AUGCUGGCCUUCAUGCAUCCACUCUCAUCCUCACCCAUCGCAUAUCUGCCCGCAAACCCCUCACCCCUCUCGCCCCGGAGCGCAAACAUCACAAGUCGAUGGCCCGGACGAGGCACGUCAGGUGGAAACACGUACAUGUCCGAUAUAAACACCAAUACGAAGAUCCCGCUCCGUCACGAACAGAAUGAGAACGCCACCGCGACAAGCACACCCUUCUCGAAACGAACCAUAAAACGCGCCCCGCUGCAGAAACAGGAUGACCUUAAAGAGCGGCGCCGAACCAAUUUCCUCCGCAACGUCAAGGAUAAACGGGACGAUCGGCGGUAUGAGGCGCGAGGGGAGGAUAUCAUGCGCUUGGACUUCGUGCAGAAGCGACGGGCGUACGAGGCCGAGUUGGCGAGGAACGCGCCGAGGGAGGAAGUAGACGACGACGAACUGCCGAGCUGGAGUCAGCAGUGCAGUCAGAUGCAGAUGAGUUCGCAGCAUCUACCUGAGGAGGAGGUUGAGGAGUUUGUGAGGGAUGAGGAUGCGGAGCUGGAGGCGUUGUUGGAGUUUAUGCCGGAAGAGAAUGCAGAGGGGGCGGAGGCGGAGGGAGAGAUGGAUGUGCAGGAUGAUUUGUGGAGUGAUGAUGCGGAUUAUGAUGCUUUGUUCUCGGAGGUGAUGGGGAUGGAGGAGGGAGGGGAGAGUACAACGACUGUGGGGAACAAGAUGGCGCUCGUAAAUGCCCAUCAUGUUCAGCAGCAGCAGAGUGGCAAUGACGAUGAGAUGGAUAUGAGCUAA